AUGCCGACUUCUGGUGUUUUGACAGCGGGAACCCAGCGGUACCGGUGCUUCUUCGGCGGGUUUCCCUUCUUCAACCGCGUGCAAUCGGCCGUGCUGGAUGAGGUGCUGCACAGCGACCGUCCUCUGGUGGUGAGUGCUCCGACGGGCUCCGGCAAAACGGCCAUCCUGGAACUGGCCCUGGUGCGACUGCUCAUGCAGCGGCCGGCCUUAGACUUCAAAGCCCUGUACGGUGAGCGAGUGGGAACACAAGGAAGAAGUUACGUAGAAAGUGGCAAAAGAGAGUACCAAGGCACAGCAGCUCCCUCCGGUGCAGUGGUUCCGCUGAAGGCCAUCUGCCGGGAGCGCCUGGAGGACUGGAGCCGCAAGACGGCCUCGCUGGGUCUGCACUGCGCCGAGCUCACGGGCGACACGGACGAGGAGGACCGCAGCGUGCUGCAGGAGGCACACCUCAUCCUCACCACGCCCGAGAAAUGGGACAGCGCGACGAGGCGAUGGAAGGACAGCCCGGGACUGCUCGAGUCGCUCGCCCUACUGCUCAUCGACGAGUUACGUUCAAUAUACAUCAGCUCGGCUUCACUUUGA